ACAAGUCUAGGUCCACGGAGCUCCGAUUUUUCCAUUUUCCGUUUUCGGUCUUUCACUUUGCCUGGUCUUGUUACAAAUAAUUCGUCUUAUUAUGUAUUUGUUUUACCAGUGGUAGUUGCAUUAAUGAUGCCCUACCGCGAUAAUACUUACGGCACAGUAAUCGUUUCUCGUCAUUUUGAAUCUUUACAUUUCUAAAUGUAGGUCAUUGACUCACAGUUUCACAGUUUCCCUUGAAUUUUGUUCGGCUGUUAUCAUCGAAGUUUCAAAAUUAGAAAGAAUGAGUUUACUCUCCAAUUCCAAGAGUGAAAACUCCGAUAGUAGUAUCGUGUCCAAACAGCCAAGCAAUGCAGAUCUAAUUGUGACAGAGGAAAUGCUUCUCAAAAAAGACAAAAUCAGUCCUGACGAUGUAUUGAAACUGCCAAAAAUUACUGAAAAUUAUUUGUGCUCCCCUGAUGCAAAUGUUUACAAUAUCGACUUCAUAAAGUUCAAAAUACGUGAUCUAGACUCUGGGAUGGUUUUAUUUGAAAUCGCUAAACCAACCUCUAUCUCAGAAAGUGAAGAUGUAAAUUUAGAAGUUGAAGAAAUCGAUCCAAAUUCUGGGCGCUUUGUUAGGUAUCAGUUCACCCCUCAGUUUCUCAAAUUAAAAACAGUUGGUGCAACUGUUGAAUUCACCAUCGGAAGUAAACCAAUCAACAAAUUUCGGAUGAUCGAACGGCACUUUUUUCGUGAUAAACUACUGAAAAGUUUUGAUUUUGAAUUUGGAUUUUGCAUACCAAACAGUAAAAAUACAUGUGAACACAUUUAUGAAUUUCCAAACUUACCUCCUGAGCUGAUCGAUGAAAUGGUCAAGAAUCCUUUUGAAACACGUUCGGACAGUUUUUACUUCAUUGACGAAACUUUAAUGAUGCACAAUAAAGCAGACUAUGCUUAUGAUGGAGGUCUCAAGUGAUCACUCUCUUUUAUGUGUUACGGGAGCAGCUCUCAUGUUUCUAGUUAAGUCAUUCUUCUCAUUUUGUUUUUCAAUCUCUAGGAUACAAAGCACAAUUUAAAUGUAUACGACUGAAAAUGAAUUUUAAUAUUUUGCCUGCCGUGCAGUUUGAGUCAGAUCUAUAAGAGAUCAGGAACUGACUGUUUAACAGCAAUGAUAGAUCAGUCGUUCAUGUCACAGAACUAUGCUUGUUACUUACAAUUUAUCCUGACAGCAGUGUUACCAAUUUUCCUUUUUAGCACAUCAAUGGAAUGUUAUGUCUCUAGAGGAAAAUGGAUCAGAAAACCUAUUGAAUUUCCUCUCUUCUCAGAUUCAAAUGUUACGAGUGCUCUAGAGCUCACUUUUUCCGUCCAAAGGAAAACCUCAAAUCAAGAAUUUACUGUUUAAGAUAUUAAAGAGUGUCUACUGUUGAAACCUCAAACGAUUUUUCAACCGAACAGAACAUGUACCGAUUUUUUAAGUACUGAAGAAUCUACAUCAGUGCGCUAAGGUCCAUUUUUGUAGAUGCAGUCACAAAUGGAAAAUGAGGAAUUACACUUCUUGGCUCACCUGUAAAAGCUCCCAUCUACGCAGGGAAAAAAAAGGUACAUACGCGCCAAGUUUAAGAACACGCACCAGGUUGUAUAUGGGGGAAAAAAUGAGCUGGGAGUAGUUAUGAUUUUUAUUAGUUAUAAAGUCUCUUUGUUAAAACUCCAAAGUCAAGAAAAAAUGUUUUAAACAUGAAAAGAAUCUAAUUGAAAGCGUAUUUUCACUAGGUGGGUGGAUGAUAAGAUGUGGUAUUUUAUUUUGACCCUAUCAUAAUUUUUCGGACCAACAUUGGGAUUCACCAGACUGAUAGGAGGUGAAACUCUUCCAAACGUUGGAGCCAAAAUAUAAUCCUACAAUGUAGGGUUUAAAAAUGACCUGAUGAAGAUGAUGGCAUCCUACCAGCAUCAAUUUCGAAAGUCUAAACUCAAAUGUUUACCAACCCGAUUAUGAUCUUGCCACCAUUAUCGUGGCAUUUUGGCUCGACCGAUCAUCAACGAAAAUACGCUUGUUAUGUUAUGACCAUUUGUUGUGUAUUCUUCAUUACCUGUCGUCAUUUUUUCCUCUGCUUCAUACAUGUAAUUGCUGAUAAUGUCUAACUAGCUAUGUAUAUGAACACCAGGCCAAAUCGCAUACCUAAUUACACACCAUCAGCAACUACGAGGCAGAGGAAAAAAUAACAGGUAAUGUAAAUAGUCAGUGACUUAUGUCCUUAAUGUUGAGUCUCACGGAGAAGUAAAACUUCGAACAUCUUGUUCUCGGUUCAACCUUGAUGCACCUCUGUUAAACCUGGUCCAUAUUUGGUUUCUAACCAAGCCAGAAGUAUUAGCUCCCAAUUACAAAAUUUAGUUCAAGUAAAAAACCAUAAAUAGUAUUGGGUGCGAUGGUAACCAAUGUUCUGCCGAAGUUACAAAGGAGGAGUGUCGUGAAGGACUGCAAUCGGCCCAACACCGAAUGCUUCUAACCCCAGCAUUUUUUGACAGCAGAGGGAUCCCUUCAGUGAGAUGUGUUAACACGGGUUUUAAUGCUACAAAUUACUAUUUUUCAAGUUUAAUGUCGUUUUUAGACAUGAGUGCAAGCCAGUAUGAGGCUGCAAUAUGAGUAUGUUAUUCUUAUUAUGGAAGGAAAAAUCCACAAAUAAAUCCCCCUGUACUCCUUUGCCUUCUGAAAAGACAAAGACUUUGAAAAAAAAAAGACAGAACUGACAGACAGAACAGACAGACUGGAGAAAAGACAAUAAACGAAACAAAAAAGAUCACAAAGUAAUAAUCAUUUUCAGCGUUCAGACUCAAAUCUACAGCAAUAUAUUUCACUGAAGGGUUUCUAUGACAGGCCAAAACCAAUUAUGUCCUUAAAAUAUACACCCUCUCCUGUCAAAAAACGCUGGAGUCUAAGGAGUCCUGGGUAGGAUCGAUCUUGUCCUUAACAACACCUCUUCUUCCAAUGUUCACAGAACUGGUCGGCCCUGAAGUUUCGGAAAUUUGCAAAAGUGGACCGAGCCAAACUAGCAAAGCUCUAGCGCACAAGACAAUCAAGUCUGGUAUUCAUUAUGAAGUAAUACUAAUCUUGCUCAAGAAAACCCUAGUAGCAAUGACCUUUUCAAACAUUUUUCAUAAACUCUUAAACAACUUUAGAUGUUCACAUUAGGAAACCCUUUUUGGCUUUUUUUAUAGUAAUUUACGAUAAGGAAAAUUUAAGGAAAAAAGUGUUAAAAAAAGUCUUAGAAUAUCACUGUACUUUUUUAACAUUUCUUCUAUUAUUUUGACCGUUGAAAAACUAUUGUUGAUAUUUUAAGAGUUUUUUAAACACUUUUUUACUUUUUUACCACUCGUAAAUUUUACAUGAAGUAAUAGCUAAAAAAGGUUUCCUAAUACGAACAUUCUAACAGGUUUUUUAAGAGUUGUCUUUCUGAAAUUGUUAGGUUUUUUAAAAGUUGUUUUAACAGUCAUUGCUACUGAGGAAAUAAUCUCAUCAGAAGAUUGGGUUUUAGUUGGCCUUGGGCCAACUUAUUUUUUCCCUAGCCUUGUCUUUUUUGCCUGAAAACUUGCUAGGUUGACUCACAAUCCCCCUCACUAGCACAACUUAACUUUUUUAUACUAUGUGUUAUUCUACCUGGGCAAAAGUGAGAGAUAUGUGACUUGCACUAAUUUAUCGUUGACUGUUUUAUAGCUUUAAUCUUCUCUCCAAGGCAAUUGCAAUGAUUUCAUAUUUUACCCAAGGAGGCCCUUGGUAUUUGUGUGAUGAUGGUUCAAGAUUUUACUGUGUUUGUUUUUAACUUCUGUCAAUCACUUUAAUUUGUAAGGUUCUUUUAAAUGCAACAAGAAAGUAACAGUUUGUUAAAAUAAUACUCGAAAAAACUGAUGAUUCCAAUGGAUCAGUCCAUUAUACACAUUACAGGCGAAAGCCGACUGGCCCAGCAGGAAAUCGGCAAGUAGUUGAUGGACCAGUACCCUGAGUAAGCUGAUAAAAUGCGAGGAAAUAAGAAAAUAGGUGAAUGAAAAAGGAAAA